AUGGUGGAGUUCGCGCCCUUGUGGGUGCCCUGGGAGCGCAGGCUGCAGACGCUCGCAGUGCUGCAGUGGGUUCUCACCUUCUUGACCAUGGCCCAGAGCUGCACCAUAAUCUUCAUAGGCCUCCUCUUCACAAGAUUCUGGCUCAUCAGUGUUCUGUACUCAGCCUGGUGGUACCUUGACCGGGACACACCCAGCAAGGGGGGCAGAAGCUGGACAGCUGGAAGGCGUAACUGCAUUUGGAAUUACAUGAGGGAUUAUUUCCCUAUAUCGCUGAUCAAGACUGCUGAGCUGGACCCCUCCCGGAACUACCUUGCCGCCUUCCACCCCCACGGGGUCCUGGCCACCGGAGCCUUUAUCAACCUGUGUACCGAGAGCACAGGCUUCCCUUCCAAGUUUCCCGGCAUUCGCUCCCACCUGAUGAUGCUCAACGUGUGGUUCCGGAUCCCCAUCUUCAGGGACUACAUUAUGUUGGGGGGGCUGGUGUCAUCAGACAAGGAGAGCGCCGCUUACAUUCUGAACAAGAAAGGGGGUGGCAACCUGCUGACCAUCAUUAUAGGGGGCGCUCAGGAAGCACUGGAUGCCAGGCCUGGAAACUACAUGCUGCUGCUGAAAAACCGCAAGGGCUUCAUCAGGCUCGCCCUCACACAUGGGGUACCUCUGGUACCAAUCUACUCCUUUGGAGAGAACAACCUGUAUGACCAGGUAGAGAAUGCACCAGGCUCCUACCUGCGCUGGAUCCAGAACCGGCUGCAGAAGAUCAUGAGCAUCUCCCUCCCCCUCUUCCACGGCCGUGGCAUCUUCCAGUACAGCUUCGGUGUCAUACCUCACCGCCAGCCCAUCAACACCGUGGUGGGGAAGCCCAUUGAGGUGCAGAAAACCCCAAAUCCCUCGGAGGAGCAGGUGGACCAGCUGCAUCAGCGCUAUAUGGAAGAGUUGUGCAACCUCUUUGAAGCCCACAAGCUCAAGUUUAACGUCCCUGUCGACAAACACUUGGAGUUCUACUGA